ACCCAUUUGCAUCCCUACGAGCACUGUCACCGUUUCUUUCUCUUUCUCUAGGGCAAGGAAGCUCCUCUCAUCUCCGCCUCCGCCCGCCGCGCCCCUCCGCCUCCGCCGCCCGCCGGCCGCACCACGGCCUCCACUCCUCUUCAAGGACGCCAUCCUAAUGGAUCAAUAUCUUGCUGCUGUGAGGGAAGAGAUGUCUUCUGCUAAGACCAGACUUUGCCAAAAAUAUGCUGUACAGUUUUGGUUUCGUUAGGUUGAAGAAUAUUGGUAAUUAAUUAAAUUGACGACUUACAUCCUAGAGUGUUCCUUGGCUCGUUUGCUUGUGGCUAAGAGAAGUUGAAUGCUUACUGAUCUCCAGAUUCAUGGAGAGUGCUCGGACAGAAGGCGAUGAUUUGAUGGAAGACUAUGUGAAGUGCCUCAUGUCAUUGGAUACCAAUGCUCGCCCAGGUGAGAGUGAUAACUCAAUACUUCCAGCCCCUGCUGAAGAACCAACAAGCAUUCCUGUUAGAACAACAGAGCAAUCUCCAACAAAAGAGUUGGCUUCAGUUGGCACAGAGGAGCCAAAUGAACCGACCUUGGGAAUGGAGUUUGAAUCUGAUGAAGCUGCAAAGACUUUCUAUAAUGAUUAUGCCAGGCGUUUGGGUUUCCCUUUCCGAGUUGGGAGGUCACGGCGUUCUAAGGGUGUGGAGGAGGUGUUGAUUAUGAAAAGAUUUGUGUGCUCGAAAGAGGGAAUAUAUCAGAAGAAGCCUUCUAGUGAGGGCACAAGGAAACGUGAGCGGAUAUCGAUGAGAGAAGGUUGCAAGGCGAUGAUGGAGGUCAUUAGGGAUUCUGACAGAUGGGUGGUUUCUAAACUUGAGAAGGCUCACAAUCAUCACCUUGGGACUUGUAGUAGAGUUGGCUAUCUUCGAGCAAGAGGUUUUAUCGACACAUCCGAAAAGGCAAGCAUAGUGGCAUCAGAUGCAAUGACACUUUUACGGCAGAAUGCCUUUGGGGAAGGAGGAGAUGCUCAAGGUCUCCUAGAUUAUUUUAAGAGGAUGCAAGCUGAGAAUCCAGCAUUCUUUUAUGCCAUACAAGUUGACAACAAUAGCUGUGUGACCAAUGCUUUCUGGGCAGAUGCUAAGGCUAGGAGUGCAUACAGUUGUUUUGGUGAUGCUGUUACAUUUGACACAACAUAUAAGAAGAAUAAGUACAUGAUGCCCUUUGUAACUUUCUCAGGAGUCAACCAUCACCUGCAGCCUGUUAUCUUUGGUUGUGCUUUGCUCAUUGAUGAGACUGAAUUCUCAUUUAUUUGGUUAUUUGAAACAUGGCUUGCGGCUAUGGGUGGGCGCCCUCCAGUUUCAUUAGUUACUGAUCAAAAUAGGGCCAUGACAGCGGCAAUUACAAAGGUGUUUCCAAACACCUGCCAUCGAUUUUGCAAGUGGCUCAUCUUGAGUAGAAGCAAACAGAAGUUAGCUCAUGUAUAUUCAGCACAUCCUAUGUUGAGAGGGGAGCUGGAAAAAUGUGUCAUUGAAUCUGAAACUGUUCGAGCUUUUGAAACAACCUGGGUAUUAAUCAUCGAUAAAUAUGAUUUAAGGAAGAAUACGUGGCUUCAAGCAUUAUUUAAUAUCCGCGAACGAUGGAUUCCUUUGUAUCUAAAGGGCACAUUCUUUGCAGAACUGUCUCCAACACAGAAGUUAGAGACUAUGAAUGAUUUUUAUAAGAAAUACUUUAAUACCAAGACCUCAUUAAAAGUUUUUCUCACACAAUUUGAAUUAGCCGUAGCAAGCCAGUUUGAGGAUGAAGCCCAAGCAGACUCCAAUACAGUGUGGACCAAACCUGUUUUGAAGACUGCAUCACCAAUUGAAAAACAAGCUGCAGCUAUUUACACAAGAGCAGUUUUUAAUAAAUUCCAGGAGGAAUUUGUUGAGUCUUUAGGUUAUAAUGUUUACAGAAUAAAGGAUGGUACAGUUAGCAAAUUUAGUGUGGCUAGAGAUGAGGAUUCUCUUGAGACAUUCACUGUCACAUACAAUUCUGUGAAAAAGACAGCAACUUGUACUUGCAAAAACUUUGAGUUUUCUGGCAUUUUAUGUCGACACAUUUUGGGAGUCUUCCUAAUGGUUGAUUUGCGUAUGCUUCCGGAAGAGUACUUUUUGAAACGAUGGACAAGACAUGCCAAAAGUUGUCCUAUAUUGGAUGAAUGCAGUGUUGAGCUUCAGUGCAGUAGUCAUGAAUCCAUUACAUCACGAUAUAAUGAUCUUUGUCAUGAUGCCUUAAAAUGUGCGGAGAAAGGAGCAACUUCUAUUGAGAUAUACAAAUCAGCAAAGAAUGUGUUACAGAAGGCCUUUGCCGAGAUUGUUGCUUUUGAAAAAAAUACUGGUAGAGGUGCACAGCGAGAUGCAAUCAAUAUUAAUGAGGAAAUUACAAUAGAUGAUGCAAUGAAUGAUCAAGCCCUACAAGAUUCUGAAAGAAAGGUGACCAAUUUACUCGGCCAGUUACUUGGUUCCUCUUGGUCGCCAGUCUGAAGUGUUUUGCAGUUCUCUUAACCCCCAGUUGAUAAAUUAUUUGGAUCACUUCAGCAUUUGCUUAGUGUAUCUGAUGACCUGUCCAUUGCUGUCUCAGGACAGAUGGCAGCAGAUGAAACUGUUAAAUGGAAUAUCUGGUUCUGUUGGCGAGCCAAAGCUUGGUAUUCUGGUGACACUAGAUAAUUUCCAAGGAUUCGAGCAACUUGGUUCGCAAAACACGAGAUGUUAUCAAAAUUGUGAUGAUGGCAUUGUUAAAUGCAGGUCCAUAUAACUUAGAGAAUUUUUAUAAACACAAGUUCAUGUUUUUGCCUCAUUGAAUGCUACCAAUGUAAGUAAGCCUUUCACUAUUUAACGAAAAGGAAAACCAGGUCUUAAAAAUC